UAGCUUGAUGCUACACUGUACAGUGGUUAAUUCCGUAGGCGAGAGUUUAGCCAUGAAUCUUUCCUUUAUGCUUUCUUGCUGUACUAGCCUAGUGGUUUUAGCUCUGCUUCCUUUCUCACUCGCCUGCGAGGGUGACAACGGUGGAGCCAACUGUGAUGAGCCUGCACCGCUCAUACCGAGAGAUGUAUCUUGCGGUCCAGUGCAAUGUCUUAACGGUGGAACCUGUGAAUCUAUGGCGACAGAUAUCGGAGAGUCAUCGCAGGGCAUGAGUGGCUCGGCUAUGGGAGGGGACAGUGGGCAUGGUUUGUGAUUGUGCUACGGGAUACACUGGGUCUAACUGCUCAGAGGCCGAAUGCUACAUAAGAAAUUGCUCAAGGUGUGUGAUGGACAAUAAUACUUGUGAAGGGUGUCAGGCAGGAUUCAUUCUCUCCAGCAACAACUCCACAUGUGAACGAGAGUGUUCGUGAGAAACUGUUCACAGUUGUGUCACAGACCAAAACACCUGUGACGCAUGCAAUGAUGGCUACUACCUGAUGCACGAUGAAUGUUACUGUCCAAUAGAGGGAUGCAAGGUGUGUGAUUCUAGUGUUGAAUCUUGCGAUGAGUGCCUCGAAGAAAAGGCUAGGUUUGACCCCAAAUCUAACAGCUGUACCACAAUUAGUGGACAAGACAUGCAAGUCACAGUAAUCAUUGGGGUGGUUAUUGCCGCUGCUGUUAUUUUGGCAAUCGUGGUCAUCAUUGUUUCUGUGCUGGUCUACUAUCGUCGAAGGAGAAGAAACAAGAUGUUCAAACUCAACUAUGAAGUAGCGAGGAGCGACAGUGCAGAGUUGUUUGACAGGAUACACACAACAUUUCCAUUAGCUGACACCACAUAUACAAGUAAAGAUGAUGCCAGUGAAAGCACAAAGGCCGAUGAUGAGGAAGAUGCGAGUAAACUUGAGACAAAUGAAACCAAAAAGGGCGAGGAAGAUGAAAGCAAACAUGACACAAAUGAAACCAAAAAGGGUGAGGCAGGUGUGACUCCAAAUGAAACAAAAAAGGAGGCUGAUGCAAGCAAAGAUGACACGGCAAAGGCGAACGAGGCAGAUGGUCCGAGUAAAGAUGACGCCAGCGAGACCACAGUGGCCAUGGUGGAUGGGAGCAAAGAUAAGAGCAGUGAAACCACAGUGGCUACAAAUGACGCAACAAAGAGACCACAGUGUGUGUGGUUUAUGAAAGCAAAGAUGAAAUCACAGAGGCUGAGGCAGACGAAAGCAAAGAUGAAACCAGUAAGAUAGCAGUAUGAGGACGUGAGCAAACACAAGAGGAUGAUGUGAACAAUAGGUUCACCUAGUAUUUUAGCGUAGAAAAGUAGCAU